AUCCUCUAAAAACUGUCCCUUCGCGAACCACUGCAAAACCUCUGAACGGGCCGGAAACCUGCUGGUUUGACCGGACCACGGGUCUCCAAAAACGGCGCCGUUUUAAAUAUAAAAAAAAACCAACGUUGCCUUUACUCACCACCCAGUCACCCCCAACACUAACCUAGGCUCUCUCUGCAUUCUGCAACGGUUCUGCCGCAGUCCGUGCCGUCGGCGCCGUCCGUGGCCAGGCCCUCUCUUGUAGCUCGGCGUUCUGCUUCCCCUUUCAUCCGUCCAUCCUCUGUGGCUUCUCUGUUUUGUUGGCUUGGAGCAGCUUGCCGCCGUGUCGCCGCUCGCCGACGUCUCCCUGGUCGCCGUCCGUGUCUCCGUCGAAGGGUUGGGUAGUUUUCGCCGAAAAUGCCGUCUCUUCAAACAGCACUGCCUCCUGAGCUGGCCAACAAUGCCAUUAGGCUUUACCGUGAAUGCCUACGAAGAGCUAAGUAUAUUGGCCAUCGGCAACAUAACACACAGCUUCUUGUUGAUAUGGUGAGACAACAGUUUAAGCAAAACAUGCACGAGACAGAUCCUGAAAAGAUUCAGCAGUUAAAGGAUAAUGCAGCAAGGGGACUUAUCAACCACAUACUAUAUGAGUCAGAGCAACUAUCUGGUCGUAAAUUUAGCAAGAGUCCUAAAGCAGUUUAGUUGGCUCUGUUCUUAAUGAUUCAAUCCCUUCAUCAAUGCAAGGUUUGGCAGAUCAUCCAUUGGCCGAACCUUCCAAAGGGCUGGAGAGAUUGUUAUAUUCGUGAAAAAAAUAAAAUAAAAUUGUAGAAAAUAGCAUGGUGGUUUUUUCUCUUUUACUUGUGCUAUUCAUGUCGAGUUCUAAAGUUUCUUAAAUUUACAUUUUAUGUUCUGUCAAAUGACCUUGUCUAUUAUACAUUAAAAGAUUCCCAAGGUGAAGUCUCCUUCAAGAUAUCGUGGCAUUAUGUUCCAAUGUAUGACAUUUUUAUUUCUGGAUUUCUAAUAGUUUAGGUGGUUAAUUGAUACUGGUCUUUAUGGUUUA